AUGUUACUCGCUCAAAGGUCGCGAAGACAGCUCUUCGAGGCGCCUGCAGAAGGUCCGUGGUUUUGCGUGACACGUCACUGUCUGCCACAAGGUCGGCUUUGUGUUUCUCUUGCAUUUGUAUCCACGAAGAAGUUGAAGUGCGUAAGCAGCACAAAACAAAUUGGUGUCGGGCUCACUGCCUUCGGUGUUUUCUUCAUAUUCCUUGGAAUACUGAUGUUCCUUGAUGCUGCUCUUCUUGCUAUUGGAAAUCUUCUCUUCAUUGUUGGAAUCACUUUUGUAAUUGGUAUCCAACGGACUCUUGUGUUUUUCUUUGAAUAUCGAAAGUUGAAGGGUAGCAUCCUAUUUUUUGGAGGGAUAUUUAUUGUUUUAUUCGGUUAUCCUCUCAUAGGAAUUAUUGCGGAGAUUUGGGGUUUUAUCCUUCUGUUCGGUGGGUUUCUUCCUGACAAAUUCUCGACCGAAUGGCUCCCGAGUCUAAGUAUCCUGUUUGAAUUAACAAAGUCGCGGGUCCCCGAUAAUGUGCUCAAAGGAGAUCGGCUCUCCUUCUCCCACCAACUGGAGCAUACCUUUGCUGUCAUUGUUCCAGAUUGCUCAUUAGUUCACGUAGCGAUUUCUCGGUCUUUGCUUCCACGACCGCAACGCCUAUCUGCGGAUCCUGUUGACGAACGGAUUGCAAGCGAGAUCUGUGGCGAGAAGACAGUCCAAGUUAUCACUGUUCUUAACCUGCUUACCAUUAUGCUGUUCUUUCUAAUCGCGAUCCUCAUAUCUAUGACAUACUCUCGAAACGCAAAUGAAAAGCUCAUACGAUGCUGUCAUGGUGAUCCAGAGAUCGACACCACAUGUGCAGAAAAGUACUGUCGGAUUCCAGCAAUUGUCCCCCACAUGGUCGUCCCGUUUAUAGCCGAGUGCGCUCCGAAAGGUAACACUGUGCCUCACGUAUGGGAUUGCCUCUCCUCUCGUCAUGACCACACCGAAUGCUGCAAACGCCAAGGUGUGAUCCCGCAUUGUUUGCCGUACUGUAAAGCCAAUGGGCCUGUACCGACAGACAUGUUAAGAUACGGCGUGUGUAUCGGGGAGUUCGAAAAGUACCGAGUCUGCUUUCGCACCUACCUGAAACACCAUCCAUCCGUUAGAGGAGACCAAUAA